UAUAUGCUGUAGCCUUCAGUGCGACGUGGUCUGCAGACGAAGCAACAUGUUGAGGCUAGUUGUAUUAGCGACAUUGGUCGCGUGCGCGGCUGCCGUCACCGUGAACUUGGAGAGCCAAGAUGGCGUCAGCCUGCGCGUGCAGGACAACACUGCCGGCGGACUGAGCAUCGUCAUGCAGAGAAAUACAUCAACAACAUCGUCACAUCUGAUGUGGCUUGGGCGAUAUGCCGGAGCCGUGAGCAGCAGCAGCUCAGGGGAGGAGCUGGUGGUGCACUUUGCCGGCAACCUGAGCCUGCACAUCAGCAGCCGCGUCAUACACGAGCCCAAGAGCGGCACCGUCAUCAGCGUGGCGUGGAAGGCGCCCGUCGCAUCACGACUGGCUGACUGUCUCAGCUUAGGUUCCAAGAACUGGUAUGGCGGUCCGCAGCAAAAGCAUCAGUACUGGCCUAUCGAAAACUUAACCCUCGCGGAGUACUCCUACGUCACCAAAGAAGCCGACAACUGCGGAAUAGCUGAACCAUAUUGGCUUGGCUCCGACGGCACCUACGUCUUCUUCGACAGCAAAGUCCCACUGUUCGUCGACCAGAACUUUAUAGAGCAAAGAACCACGUGCUUUAUCGCGGAGGUGAAAGCGCCGUAUUCCGUCAGGAGAAGGGAUCGUUUGGAGAUGUCUUACGUCAUCGGGGUCUUCGAUAACGUCCGAGAGGCUCACGAACACGCAGUCGCCACUGUUUUAGGUAAACCGACAGGAUACCCCGACGAGAGGAUGAUCAAAUCUCCGAUUUGGUCGACAUGGGCCCGCUACAAAAGCGCAAUAAACCACGACGUCGUACUACAGUUCGCAGAUGACAUCAUCCGCUACAAUUUCACCAACAGCCAGUUCGAGAUCGACGACCUGUGGGAGAUAUGCUACGGCUCUCUGACGGUGGACGAGAACCGAUUCCCGAACAUGUCCGACACGGUGAACACUUUGAAGUCGAAAGGGUUCCGAGUUACGAUGUGGAUGCAUCCGUUUAUAAACAAAGGCUGCGAGCCUUGGUACACCGAUGCGUUGAAUGACAACUACCUGGUACUUUCGGAGGGAGGCUCGGAGGUGACGAGCUGGUGGAACGACAACGGCACCACGGCCGCCUACGUGGACUUCACCAAGCCGGAGGCGCGCCAGUGGUACCACGAUCGCGUGCAGUACAUUCACGAUACUUACGGCAUCGACAGCUUCAAGUUUGACGCCGGCGAGACCAGCUGGUCGCCUCAGAUCCCCGUUCUGCAAAGUGACUUGGAUGAGCAGCCUUCGUCUAUAACAACGGAGUAUGUCAAGAGCGUCGCCAAGUUUGGACCCAUGGUGGAGGUGCGAGCUGGAUACAGAUCACAAGACCUCCCGAUCUUCGUGCGCAUGAUAGACAAGGACACGUACUUCAACUUCGAGAACGGGCUCGCCACGCUCAUCACGACGCUGCUGCAGAUGAACCUGAACGGGUACACGCUGGUGCUGCCCGACAUGAUCGGCGGCAACGGGUACAACGUCCGACCCAGCAAGGAGCUGUUCAUCCGCUGGCUGCAGGCCAACGUGUUCAUGCCGAGCUUGCAGUUCUCAUACGUGCCCUGGGACUACGAUAACGAGACGGUGCAGCUGAGCCGCGAGCUGGUGGCUCUCCACGAGCAGUACGCGGGGGAGGUGGUGCGCGCGUUCCAGCGCUCCGUGGCGGAGGGCGCGCCCGUCAACCCGCCCAUCUGGUGGGUGGACCCCACCAACAGCGACGCACAUCCGAUAUGGGAUGAGUUUCUCCUCGGCGAGGACAUAUUAGCGGCGCCGGUGGUGACCGAGGGAGCGACCAGUCGAGACAUCUACCUGCCCGCCGGCCGCUGGCUGGAGCUCGGCGACCCCGAGCUGGUGCACGAAGGGCCCGUCUGGAUCAGGAACUACCCCGCGCCUCUGAACGUGCUACCGUACUUCAUCAGGGAGCCUAGUCCGAGCUCUGCUACUACUCCUUGCGUAGCUGCUGUGCUCGUACUAUUUGGAUUGAUACUAAAUAUUUUCAAUUAAUUACGUGUAAUAAUAGUUACCUUAAAACACUAGUGAUAUUUUAAUUUAUCUUCAUGUAUUUUAAGUAAAAAAGGAAAAUUUUGUAUAUAUUUUUAGAUUUAUAUAAUUAAAUAUAAUAUAUUACCAAU